CUCUCACUUCCUUCGAAUCAUCUUUGGACCUUUAAUCUUCUGUCUUUAGCACCCUUAGUCUCUACCUACCAACACGCGUGGUUACGUUAUCGCUGAGUUUCUAGUGCUUUUCUAUCUUUAGGCUUUAUUCGUAUGACUAUGUUGAUGGAUUUUGCUGGGUUGUAUCAGUUUAAAAGUUCGUCUUUUGCUGGUUUGCUAACGUUAGUUAACGUCAGUAAACGGAUGGUUAGCUAACGCUAACUUCGCUAGCUUGAUUGAAUGUAGUGAAAUAUCGCUAACGGUUUGAUAUACAGUAUUUAUGUCCACGGAGUGUGUUUGAAAUAGUGUUAUUUUUUAUAGCUAUUGAGGUGUCGUUUGGUAACGCUGUAUCUCGAGCGAGUUUGCCUGGUUUGGAAGCUAAGCGCUAGCAUUAGCUUUAGCAAUCAACACUCCUGGUUGAUUCCUUGAUUCGUGUCAAACAGCCUGCUUCACCACUCGCAGUCUAAAAGAUGGACUUUGAUAAUAUAUUAGAUCUCGCCUCUCAGAACCAAGGCCUCAGCAGUGUCCAGAAAAGAUACAGUUUACAAACUGGACCACCGAAAAAGGUCCCAAAGUCGAGAGGUGUAAAUCCCAGUGCUGUGCAGGCACUUCUGAAGAAGCAAACCAUUGAUCACAAAAAGAAAGAAAUUCAAAUGAAGAAAAAGAAGGAGGAACUACUAAAGAAGAGGGUUGAGAUGAAGUCGGACCGUAAAGCCCGGGCCAUGGCUUCCAGGACCAAAGACAAUUUCAGAGGCUACAAUGGUGUCCCAGUGGUAGAAUUGCCUAAGAAGAGGAGAUCAAAACAAGAAAUGCAGGAUGAAAGAUCAACGAAUGAGGAAAGAUUUAUGAACAACUCCAUUGACCCAGAAGAUGAGGAUAAUUAUGAGUACGAGCCUUCAGAUUCGGAUUCGGAGAAGGAGCCAGAACCACGAAGACCUGGGAAAACCCCAGGGUAUAUUGGUAGUAGCAGUAGUAGUAGUAGCAAGCAAUCCUCCAAAAAGCCUGCUCCACCUCCCUUGAACUUUGCAGAGCUACUCAAAUUGGCGGAGAAGAAGCAGUUUGAGCCAGUUGAGGUUAAAACUAAGGUAGUCAAAAAAGAUGACAGGCUUCGAACUGCGGAAGAGAUAAGGGAACUGGAGAUGGAGCGCAAGGUUAAGAGAAUGGACAGAGACACAAAGACGGAGAGAGAAAGAGACAGCAGAUCUCAAUCUAGCUCUAGUUCAAUGAGAAAACACACUUCUGAGAAGGAGCAGAAGAACGGUAAACCACAAAAGAACUCCUCAGUAAAGCCAAGUUUCCCCAGUGGCUCAGUGAAGAAAUUGCAUCCAACAACUUCUAGUGAUAGAGGCCACUCUUCUUCUAAGCCUCCUGUUAGUGAUAGAGAAAGAGAUCGAUCCAAGAUGUCUAACAGUGAUAGAGACAGAUCCAAGGCAUCCUUUUCAAGUUCUUCUGGUGCCACUAAAAGUAAAGUUCCUUCAAAAGGCUCAUCAUCUCAGGUUUCAACCAAACAAGGGGGGCUCAAGCCCUCAUCCAGCCACAAAUCAAGUGCCUCAAGUGACCUUAUCCCCAAAAAAGAAAGCUCAUCAAGACCCUCAGGCAUUCCUGGGACCAGGGCUCCUGGUUCAUCUACAACAGGCCAAAGAUCUCAACAUGGGAGCUCCCAACAGAACAGGCCCAGUCAGGGUGGCUCACUGAAGCAAGGACCUGUAGCCGGAGGAAACAGGUCUGGAAAGGGAGAACCUCUUAGGCCUGGAAUUAAUUCAGCUGGAAAGUCAAAUGGUAAUUCAGGGAUGAGACCUUCUUCAGGAGGCCCUCCUAAGGCUGGGGGCCAGCCCCAAUCAAGGCCUGGAGGCACACUCCAGGCAAAAGCUGGUGGUGUCCCACAGGCCAGGCCUGGUGGGAUUGGCCCACAUGGUCCCCCUAGAGGAGGUGGAACCCGACCACCAGGAAUGGGGCCUGCUCGUCCUGGCAGUGGAGGACCAGUACCUGGACGGCCCUCUGGCCGUGGAGGAUCAGUUCCUGGACGGCCCUCUGGCAGCAUUGUAUCUAGUCCUGGAAAACCCCAGUGCACUGUGGUGUCAGAGACCAUUUCAUCCAAGAAUUUUGGAGGGCCCAAACCAGGAGUCCCUCCUCGACCAGGCAUGCAGCAGAGGCCCGGGAUGCAACAACGGCCCGGGAUGCAACAACGGCCCGGGAUGCAACAACGGCCCGGGAUGCAACAACGGCCCGGGAUGCAGCAGAGACCUGGUAUGCAGCAGAGACCCGGGAUGCAGCAGAGACCCGGGAUGCAGCAGAGACCCGGGAUGAACAGACCACCAGGCCAAAUGUUACCACCAAUCACCUCUGCGUACAAGAGGAAAUUCGAAGAUGACGAAGACGAGUAUGACUCAGAAAUGGAAGAUUUUAUUGACGAGGGGGAGGAAGAACAAGACAUUUCCAGGCAUAUUAGAGAAAUCUUUGGAUAUGAUAAAAACAAAUACAAGGAUGAGAGUGACUAUGCACUUACAUUCAUGGAAAGCAGCUGGAAAGAUAUGCAGAAAGAGGAAGCCAGGAGCCUGCGAAUGGCGGUGAAGGAAGAUCAGGAGGAGGAGGAAAGAGAACUACAAGAGCUGAAAAGGCAAACUGCCAAGAGGAAAAAAAAAUGAAUUCUCUUUUUUCGUUGAGAGGAAUAAAAAACUAAAAAGCUGUGUCUCGUGAGAGGUCUGCCAUGAGGCCCAGUGACUGUGCCCACCUUGGCCUCUGUUGGACAAAACUUUGGAGUGACACGUGGCAUUGGCUCUGAGAAAAAGAGAUGACUGUUAGUCAAAAUAUGCACAAAUCAGUCAGGCAUUACCCUGCGAAAAAGUUCUCAUAUAUUCCCUGUUUUAUUAUUUAUUGCCCCCACUGAGUGACGGGUUUACACGGUCAACAGUCUCAAAUUUCUUAAAAGGAACUGAGUACUAUAAAUAUGGAAGAAUGUGAUUUAUUUUAGACAAACGAUAAGAUACAGGUGUUGAUAAAAUGAUAUUUUUCAGCAGAAGUUGCAUAUUUUUGCAAAUCAAAUUAUGAUUGUAAAGUUAUUUGAAUAUGCAGCAAAAACACUCUACCACUUGAUGUGUUCUGUGUUUCUCUUUAAAGUGUGUUUAGAGAAAUCAUGGCUUAAAGUUUUUUUUUUUAAUUGUUUAGCUUUUAUGUUAAUGUUUUCUCAGAGUUUGACAAUCCUAGUAAUAUAUAUACAGAACUUUGGUUCCACUACAAAUGUCAUUUGUAGAAAAUGGUAUGAAUUUUGGUUAAAGCAAUGAAAUAUUCUUUUGCCAUAUAUUGUGUGGAAACGUGUUUUUUCAAUAUAUGAAAUUUGUUAAAUGAAAUGUCACAUCUU